AUGAGGAUAAAUCACGCUAAUCUCACGCGUACUAUAAUCUAUGGCACAGCGGCCACUAAAAUUGAAGGAACAGCCGGAGAAGCCACCCACCGCUGGCGAGUCUUUAUCCGCGGGUACAAAAACACCGAUCUAAGCUAUUUUAUCCGCAGUGUAACCUUUAAGACCCACGAAACCUUUGCCAAUCCCACCAGAAUAGUAGACAGCCCGCCCUUUGAAAUAGAAGAGUGUGGUUGGGGAGAAUUUACUAUUCAAGGCAAGAUAUACUUCACAGAUGUACACGAAAAACCCGUCGGCUUCCUUAUCUCCCUUAAACUACACCACGACCCAACCAAUCACAUCAUUGGCGAUAUUGAGUACGACCCCGCGGCUAUUCAUAACGAAAGAAUGGACACAAUUGUCUUCGAGAGUCCAACAGAAGCCACUUACAAGCUAAUCAAAAGCCACCCCGAGCCGAUUAUGGAUCCGCCUCUCCUUGACGAGAUUAACGAUGAAAAGAGACGCAUUGAGUUGGCCAUUGACGCCAUCAUAGAAAAGUUAGAAAAUGAACACCCCAAAUAG